AUGGUUAGUACAAAACGUAUGCAUCAUUUGGGAACCAGUUCAUAUAAUAGUUGUGUAAGUGGGAAAGAUGAUGAAGAUGAGGUUUUUGUUGGACCAGUUGGACAUAAGGAAAAAUGUGUUGCUGUUAAUAUUGAAAUAAGCAAUCCACAAGAAAGUAAGGAGUCGUCACCUUCCCCUGAGCUUCUAAACUGGAGUCCUCUUGCAGGAGAGAAGUUUGUAGAGAUCUUCAAAGAAGCCCAUAUGCUUGCAUUGCAGCUUGAAAAUAGCAGCAAGCAUUGUGCUGAGAAGUCUAAACCACCUGAAAAAAAUGAGAAUCUCUUUGUUGAGAAAUUUGUAGCGGAGUCCAAAUCAAAGCUGAAAAUCUUUCAACUGGGCUGUGAGAGCUAUAGAAGCCCUGCUGCCGCUAAGAGAGAAACUUUCAUUAUUCGUCAGACUCCUACACACCAACUUCCUCCUUCACUGCAGCAGUGUGUAGAAAUUAAAGUUCCUGCUGUAAAUCCUAAUGAUUCCAAUAAAACUUUGACACCUGAUGCAAGCCCUGUUAACCAAACUGUUGAAAAAGCACUGGAGAUCGUUCCAACCCAUAAGCAGAAUACGAAUACAGACAUUUCGAUCAGCCAGAAGAGGAUUUCUUCAGCUGGUGUGAAAAAGUUACCUGUUAAGUCACAAACUGGAAAAACUACACUUCCUGGAAAAAUUAUGGAAAAGCCUAAACCUGGCUUCAAAGGUAGUCCAAGGAGAAGACAUCCCAGUAGUGCUGGAUCAUUAGAAGAUUUGCACUCUGACAAUAAUACCAGUAUUACUUCAGACAUCAGCGAUUCUUCUUUUAAUAGCAGCAGUCUUGGACUUGGAAAGAGAACACUGCCUCUACCUAGCAAGACUGGUUUUGGAAAGCCAUCUGGACUGCGACAUCCUGGUACAGUUAACUCUGCAGGCAGGCCUGUAAGGAAAAAUACAUCCUCCUCCUCCUCCUCCAGUAUAAACUCUAGUUUUAACUCCAGUCUGUCCAUCUCCCCAACUGCAACAGCUGGUAAAGUGACCGCAUAUCUGAGUACAUCACUGAACAGCUCCAGCAGCUCAAAGAUGUAUGCAUCAUGUAGUAGUAACAACAGGUUAAACUCAUCUAAAACACUCGCCAAUCCUGCUAGUUCUUUACAAAGUGGCAAUUCUUCAAAUGGAUCACAUAGAUUUUACAAAUCAGCAAGCACAGGUAAACUGCCUCAAUCAGGGAAUGUGGGCGGAUCCACUGUAGGUCCAAUAAGUCAUCAUCAGACUCCUGCCAAAAAGGAUGUUCCAAGAAUAAGCUCAGCUACACGCACACAGAAGGUGCCCCAGAUGAAUAAAGCUGGAGGUGCAGCUAAAGUUAACAGCUGUCCAAAACCAAAGACAUCCACUGGUCCUACACCUACUGCUCAGCUGAAAGCUAAUAGACUAUCUGGAGUUCCUUCAGCUGAAGCUUCCUCAGCACAGAAGAUUAUGCCACCAAAAAGGAUUCUGCCAGGUGCCACAGUUGGAAGUGGUGUUGCAGCAAGUACACCAGUCAAAACUGCAAACAAGGCUCCACCAACUCCUAGCUUUAGUGGAAAGUCCAUCUGUGCUACAUUUAGUGGAAAACGCACAUCUACUUUACCAGCUUCAUUAAAUCGUUUAUCUGGAAUUGGUACUGCAGCUUCAAAGACUAUGUUAAGGUCAUCUUCGUCACCACACCUAACUUCCAAUUUAAGUGGGAUCAGAAUGUCAUCAAAGAAAUCUUCUGCAAGUUCCAAACAGAUCCCACCUAAAGCCCAGGUUGAACUGAGUCCACACAAAACAUCUGAAGAAGAACUGUCCCCUCCUUUGGUUCCUUGUUCUUUAGACUUUUCAUUUGAUGAUAGAUCACAAGCAUCCCAGAAUGAAAUAAGUAAGAAGCCUGAAGGAGUUCCACCUUUACCUUUGGUUCCAGAACUUGAAACAGAUGUAGUCAAACCACACAUCUCAAAAGAGGACAUGACACAAGGCACAGCAGAACAAUUUUUGCAGUCAAAACCUUGUUCUGUGGACUCCUCUGUUGAGAAGAUUACUGGACAAGUGCUCCAAGAUAAAGUGAAUCUGCAAACUAUGGAAAUGGACAAGACUGAGGUUUUAUUGAUUGAUUUAGACCUCGGCAGUCAAAACAUCCGGGACAAACCACUUAUUGAUCUAUAUAAAACACCAGAGAAGAAGGAUGCUCAUCUGAAAUCCGCUGGGCAGCUGAUAGAUUUGAGUUCUCCUCUCAUUCGUUUAAGUCCAGAAGACAAAGAAAAUGUUGUGGAUUCCCCUUUGCUGUUGCUGUGAUUAAAGCAUUUUUUCAACAAGAUCAGAAGAUUAUUUAAAAUGCAAUUUUGUUGCACUGAGCACACUCUUCAGCAGAUCUUUUUUCAGUGAUGUUAACUUUAAAAAUAAUGUAAAAUUUACAUACUUAAAUUGUAAGAUGCAAAACUAUAAAAAAAAAGAACAUAUGCAAGGACCAUUAGCAUAUUGACGUUUGUAGGUUUAAAAUUCAGACAUGAAUAUCCAAAGACGUACUUUAGCAAGAUUUGCCAUUUUAUAUAGGAAAUUGUGCAUUUACAAGCAUAUAUUGCUUUGUAAAGGCGGUCUUAGAAUCCCCUUUUACAGGAAAAGGUGAAUUAAUAUUAAAAAAGGAUCAGAAAAGUUUUUUUUAACCCGUGUUUGUCUAGCAUGUAUAUAUGUAUAUGUGAAUUAUUUGAAGUCAUUCCUUUUAGCAGGCAUCUGAAAUGGGAAGUUCAGUACUGAAUUUUAAUUUUUUACUAAUAAUGGACAGGGUUAGCCACCUGAAUAGAUUGCCAUUGUUGGUGUGACACCCCAACAUCGUAUGCAAAA